AAUCUUGGAGAGGAGGCGGGAAAUGGCGUCCCAAGUAGCUGUCGUGUAGCUGUCGGUUUGACUCGAAAUUCACAACGGAGAAAAGCAGGCUGACGAACGAGCAGAGGAGGGUCGCUACGUUGUGGCUUCAAGCACAACGACUUCAGCUAGUUAACCCCAUUCCGGGCAUGUAAGCGCUGGGACUCUUUCAUGUGACGACUGGGACGAUGAGGCUGAGAGUGCGCAAGGCGUCUCAGCAGCCCGGCCCACCCCCACCCCCACCCAAGCGCAGCGCCCAGGCCAAGAGAAAACACUCCGAGGUCGACCACUCCGUCGCCCCUGCCACCGCAGUAGCCAGGAUGCAGAAGAAUGAGACCGGCCUUUUCUCCACCAUCAAAAGAUUCAUCAGAGGAAAUGCCGUCAAGGUGGAUCAGUGUACCCCUGCCAAAAGGAGCCGUAUGGAUAGUGAUGUGGACGGCAACCUGAUCACCUCAACUCCAACCACAGGCACCAAAGCCGACCCACGAACACGCCGGAAAAACCCGGCCAAUGGAGAAACGGUGAGCCGCGAUGGGAAGCCGGUGAAGCCGAACGGAAAGCUGACGGUCCAGGCGGAUGUCCCCACCAGCCCGCCACGCACCACGCUCCUCGGAACCAUCUUCUCACCCGUCUUCAACUUUUUCUCUCCGGCCAACAAGAAUGCCUCUGCUGGGUCGGACUCCCCCGGGCAGGCGAUGGAAGCGGAGGAGAUUGUGAAGCACCUGGAGAUGGAGCCCCCAGAGGAGACCCCCAGCAGCACACCCACCUCCACCUCCACAGCGGCCAGCGAGAACCGAGGCGUGACCCUCUACCCCACCGCCCAGGUGCCCUCUCCCGGCCUGCCUGCCCCCGACUCCAUCGUGGAGGAUGGUGAGAUCGUCACCGAGGCGGACAUGCCCCCUCUCACAGCAGUGGGGUCGACAGACAGCAGCUACCCUACAGCCCCUCCCUCUCCCCCUCCUGAGGGGUCAUAUGAAGAAGACUGGGAGGUGUUCGACCCGUAUUUCUUCAUCAAGCACGUGCCUCCGCUGACUGAGGAACAGCUGACCCGUAAGCCGGCUCUUCCUCUCAAGACCCGCAGCACGCCAGAGUUCUCCCUCGUCCUCGACCUGGACGAGACCCUGGUCCACUGCAGUCUAAAUGAGCUGGAGGACGCCGCCCUCACCUUCCCUGUGCUCUUCCAGGACGUCAUCUACCAGGUGUAUGUAAGGUUAAGGCCUUUCUUCAGAGAAUUUCUGGAGCGCAUGUCUCAGAUUUAUGAGAUCAUCCUCUUCACUGCUUCUAAGAAGGUGUAUGCUGACAAGUUGCUAAAUAUCCUGGACCCUAAGAAACAGCUGGUCAGGCACAGGUUAUUCCGGGAGCACUGUGUGUGUGUCCAGGGAAACUACAUCAAGGACCUCAAUAUUCUGGGGAGGGACCUGUCCAAGACGAUCAUCAUAGACAACUCGCCACAAGCCUUCGCCUACCAGCUGUCCAACGGUAUUCCCAUCGAGAGCUGGUUCAUGGAUCGGAACGAUAACGAGCUUCUGAAGCUGGUCCCAUUUCUGGAGAAGCUUGUUGAAAUGAAUGAGGACGUCCGACCUCACAUCCGGGAGCGGUUCCGUCUGCACGACCUGCUGCCUCGUGACUGAGCCGGGCCGCACCUCCGCGGACCUCUCUGGACCCACCCCACCCCAACAACCCCUCCCCCACCCCACCCCCCCACAAGCUGGAGGCAAGGCCUCAGGAGGAGCGCGAGGCGGAAGAGUCCAACGAUCAAACCCUGAGGGGUCUGUGAGCGCAGCAGCUAUGCCAUACGGUCAAACUUUUUCAGUGAGGAAGAGACUCCUGUUUUACAGCAUUGUCUAUACAUGUACACACCUUUUAUACGAGUGGGACGAGAGGAGCGAGAGCCCAUUGGUUGACUCGGAAUAGCGCCUGGAACACUUGGGCUUCUGGGAAAGGAAGUCCUUGCCUGAUUGGACAGGAAUGGAAUGUUCAGGGCGUUUUUUCACUCCGUUUUGGUGCUUGGACUCUAAGUUCUAGGUUCUCCACAGCCACAGAUUCUCUUCUGCAGGCACGGCCAGUCAAAUAUAAAUAUAGGAAACACCCAGUUCUCCAGAUUCAGUGACAUGUAUAUAUGACAUGUAUAUAUUUUCUCCUGUCCAGUUUUGCAAACCUCCUCUGCCCACUGCGCCAUCAUGCAUUCCUCCAAGGUGAAACAAAAAAAAAUGCUGAUAAGUUCAUACUUCACGUUGACUCCAUAGGUUUUUACUGUUGGUUGUUUAUAGAUGUAAUUCAGAACUGUUCAUUUGCUUUCAAGUUUUAAAAAUGUUUAGUCUGUCUUUUAAAAAAAAAAAAAAAAACAUAGGCCUACACAACCUACAAGUAAAACUGAUUGUCAGAAACGUAAGAAAAAUCAUGAUUUUAUUGUGCUUCAGUGACUAAGCCAUGGUGAUUGCUUAAUAUCUGCCCCUUCAACAAGAAUACAGACUUUUUCAUUGCUUCAGAGAUGUUGAGCUUUGCUGAUCUUUAAUUACAUAUGUCAUUAUGUUAAAGCUGUUUUACUAUCCUUUCUGAGAGGGGGUGGUGGAGUGACGCUUUGACCUGUAAAUAGGAAAGCUGUGUGUGCUCGGCAUCUUAGCAAAUUGGGCACCAGCCGUGGCGCCAGCACAACAUCAGGGCACACACACCCUCUGCCAGGCGUUCAGUUAGAGCCCACUUACACCCUCUGCCAGGCGCUACGUUAGUGCCCACUUACAUCCAUGCUCGUCGUCCACGCGUACCCUUUGCCAGGCGUUCAGUGAGCGCAACUUCUCUACCUGCGCACAACAUCUCACACACACACACACACACACACACACACACACACACACACACACACACAGGGAGAGAGCUUUUUAGAUAGCCAUCCUCUGCGGAGCAACCGGCUUUCAGCUCUUCGUCUUCUCCACUCACACCAGUGCAGGUAUUAGUGACACACUCGUAGAUAUAGUCAACCAAUCCCUGCUGUCUUCUCUUGCGUCUGCCUCUUAGUUCCUCUCUUAGCUCUUUGUUGUCAAACUCUCCUCAGCCUCAUGAUUGGCAGUGUGGGUGCAGGGGGGUGAGGGAAGGCGGGCUAAGCAUCCCCUCCCAAGCAUCGCUGUUGCUGGUUGGGUUCCAUUUGAGCUGACAGAGCAGUUGAGGAUGGCGAGUCCCUCUAGCAUCUUAAGAGGUAGUGAGAUAAAGGCAGCUGGGUUGUGCGUCUAAGGAGGAUGCUUCUGUUCUUGCUCUGACUUCCUCUGUUUCACACACACACACACACACACACACAACCUGGCAGAGAUGGGCCGUAGCUCCCAGAAUCAGAGCCGCAAGUGAGGGGAUGCAGUCAGACUUUAAAAAAACGGGAAAAAAGUGCUUUGGUGUAUGCGUGAGGUAGACCUGAACGGCCGUACCAUUUUUAUUCAGUGUUAUGGUCAGUUUUUAUGAUCUUUAUUUUUUUAUACUCGUCCUAGGAAGGGGUGAUCGUGUGCUGUUUUUAUUCUUCAUACUCACAUGGCCUUGACUGUUCUUACUCUGUGUUUUUUUUUUUUUUGUGUUUUUUUUUUUUUAAUUCCUCUAAAUGUCAUUCAACUUGAAUGUAGCCCGUGGGUGGCCUGUAUCCGUGGUGAUUUGAUUUUUCAUGAUUCCAACAUGAACACCCCCUUCUCUUCCA